AUGCCUAAACGGUUGCCUCGGGUGUACGGGUUUGGAGUAGUUGUUACUGGUGCACUUGGUGUUAAACGUUAUGUCGCCCCUGAAAAGACUUCUACGCCGCGCCCGAAGUUCUUAGUCACCACCCCAACUCUGUUGAGGUAUUUUUCUGAAAAAGGUAUUGAUGUGAAUUCGGUGUCGUGUGGUUUUGGCUUCACAUUAUUCAACGGGUCUCACCAUAAACUGAAGCGUGCAAUUUAUGGCUGCGGUAUAAACUCUGACGGACAACUUGGCCAUCAAACGGAUCAUCUCCAUGGUCCGAUUUCUGAAGGUGUACAAGUUGACCUUGUUCCGGAACCGCGUGUUCUUCAAAUCCCUCAAACUAGCACAAUGUCCCCUCGUUUGAUGUCCUGUGGUCGAGCUCAUUCCCUCGUUGUCUAUCAGGACGUCGAAUUGAAUCGUCCAAUUCUAUUUAGCCUAGGCAACAACACAUUCGGACAAUGUGCUCGUGAAAUAAUUGAAGGUGAAGUAUUUACCUCCGAAAGUGCUCAAGUCACCAAAGUUGCCGUUGAAUGCGGCCAAGAUCAUAGUCUCGUGCUUACUGACGAUGGUCGUGUAUUUUCAGCUGGUUUAGGAACAGAUGGCCAAACUGGCUUGGGCGUUACCAAAUGUGUCGAUAGGCUAACACAAGUGCGCGGUUGUAUUGAAGGAUUUCGCAUAAGACACAUAUCUUCACGAGGGGACACAGUUCUGGCAUUGACAGAAUGCGGACGCCUAUUUGCAUGGGGUAACAAUGAAUACGGACAAAUUUGGCCUGUCACGGACGAAGUUCAAGUUCUGGAGCCUGUUGAACUGCCGAUUUAUGAGUAUGUCGGCGCCAACAUCUCAGCGUUCCCCGAAGGCUUCACAAUUGGCAAAAUUAAACGUGUCGCCGCGGCCGGAUCCAUUUGUGGUGUUCUUGAUGAACAUGGCCACGUUCUUGUCUGGGGAUUCGGUUGUCUUGGUCUCGGCCCCCAGGUCUUGCAGACACCAGCACCGGCUCUUAUUCCGCCCGCACUGUUUACCCCUGCUCUGCCCUCCUCUGACAAUCGACUUGUCGACUUAGUGCCUGGUCUGCAUCAUUUCAUCGUCCAGUCAAAAAAUGGCCUUCUGUGGUCGUGGGGUGCGCCUCGUGGGGGCCUCGCCUGUCUCGGAUUGGGACGUGUCUCCAACAAGGGCGUCGACAAGGCCGUCAAAAAUGCCCAAACGUACCCUGUCCCCUUGUCGUUGCCCGCCGAAGCUGUCAGCGUUGCUUGUGGCGUUGACCACACCGUAGUUCUAGCCAAAUCCUUUGCAUAG